CUCCUCACAAGCACUGUUUUUUUGGCCAAAAUCAUUUUUGCCCAAAAAAAUACUCAUGUUAUAAAUAUUGUUGGUCUCCCGCAUCCUCAUGGAACCAUAGAAGCACUACCCUUUCUCACACUUGCCUGCUGCCCUAGAUCCAUUUCUCUUCCUCCUCAGAAAAUGGAAGAAGUUCAAGUCAUCUCUACCUGUUUAGUUGGGGCAGCUUCCAAAUUGUCAAGCUCAAACAACAAUGGCAACAACACAACCAUUUCCCAAAUUGAAAUGACACCAUGGGACUUGCAAUUCCUUCUUGUUGAUACUAUCCAAAAAGGUCUCCUCUUCAGAAAACCAACUCCCCAACAAGAAAACACUCUAUUCAAAUCACUUUCCUCUCUUUCCUUAAUUGAUCACUUGAAAACAUCUCUUUCUCGCACCUUAGACUUCUUUCCUCCUCUAGCUGGCCGUUUUUCCCCUACUAAAAAUGCUAAUGAUGAUACGAUGUCUUUCUUCAUCACUUGCAAUAAUGCUGGAGUUGAAUUUACUCACGCUAUUGCUCUAGAAUUAACUGUGGAAGAAAUUCUUGAAUCUUGUUAUGUGCCACCUAUUGUUCAUUCCCUUUUCCCACUUAAUAAAAUGCGUAACAUCGAAUGUGUUACUAAACCAUUACUAGGAAUUCAAGUAACAGAGCUUGUUAAUGGGUAUUUUAUUGGUUGCACUAUGAGUCAUAGUGUGGGGGAUGGCACUUGCUUUUGGAAUUUCUUCAAUUCUUGGUCUGAAAUAUCCAGUGGAUCUGAGUUUAUUAGUAGGCUUCCAGUUUUAAAAAGGUGGUUUCCUGAGAAUAUAAAGCCUCCAAUUCAUCUCCCUUUGAAUCUAGAAGAUCAAGAAUUAUAUGAGUGUAUGGAGCUUCCACCAUUGAAGGAAAGGAUUUUCCAUCUCAGUAAAGAAAGCAUAGGGAAAUUGAAAGCAAAAGCUAACUCUGAAAUGGGUACUAAUUCCAUCUCUUCUCUUCAAGCUUUUUUGGCUCAUCUAUGGAGAUCUGUUACUCGUUGUCGUCAGCUUGAUUCCAAGGAAGAAGUCACUAUCAGCAUUGUCGUAGGCACAAGACCGAGGCUAAAUCCUCCAUUGGCAGAAGGGUAUUGGGGAAAUGCAGCUUAUUUCAAGCCGGUAAAAAGAACAGCAGGGGAACUGCUAGAGAAAGGACUUGGCUGGGCAGCAUUGCAAAUGAACACAAUAAUUGCUUCUCAGAACAAUGAGGAAGUGGUGAAACUAUAUAAGGAGUGGGUGGAAAAGCCUGUAUUAUUUACAAAGGGUUCAUUGUUUGUGGCCAAUAGAUUGACAAUUAGUAGUUCUCCAAAGUUUAGUGUUUAUAGUACUGAUUUUGGUUGGGGGAAAGCAGUGGCAGUGAGGAGUGGGAUGGCAAAUAAAGGUGAUGGAAAAGUAACAUUAUUUCCUGGGGCAGAAGAAGGAAGUGUAGAUAUUGAAGUUUGUCUUUUACCUGAGACUUUGCUAGCAAUGAAGAAUGAUGAAGAAUUCAUGAAAGCUGUUACUGUUUAGAGAAAGAAGAUAUACUAAAUCACCCUCUUUUGAGAACUAACAUCUUUUUCCUGUUGUAAUUUUAUUCUUUGGCUGCUUUUAAUGUGAAAUUGCUACUGAGAUUUGGAUUU